AUGGCUUCGGCGGACUCAGUACAACAAGCUUUAGAGAAGUUUGCCGACACGUUCCAACGUCAUGAGAAAGCCGGAGACCUUGCAAAGCUGACCCGGCAUGUGCUCUCGCUACUGGGAGAUGCAGAUACACGAGCAAGAGGGGUGGAGACGCUCAUCCAGCUGCAAGAUCAGCUGCAUAUAGCCCGCCGCCUUGGGAAUUUCGUGGAGGAGGCAAACGCAGUGGAAGCAAUUGCUGGCCGGAUGCGGACGGAUGAUGCUUAUUGCCUGGAUUCGCCGCUGCCCAUGGUGCAAGCCGAGCAGUCUGACGAGAUGAAGGCACUCAUAAAGCAAAUGCAGGAAGCGGACCUGCAGUCUCGACCAUAUGAGUUCCUCAAUACAGCAGACUCAGAAGAGAUGACUGUAAACAUCAGCGUCCCAGCUGAGACGCAGAUGAAGGAUGUGUCUGUGAAGCUUAGCGCCACAAAGAUCCGCGUGGAGAUCAAGGGCCACGAGAUGCAGCCUUGCAUCAUUGACGGCUCCUUUUUUCAAGCUGUGGACCCAGCGGGAUGUGAUCAUCAUCUGGAAGGGUCUGGCGCCAAGCGUAUGCUGGUCAUUGACCUUGAGAAGAAGCAGAACGGGCUGAAGUGGCCAGACCUUCUAGGAUAUGGGGCAAUGUAG